AUGGCCGCCGCUGCGUCUCCCACCGACACCGUCUUCCCCAGAAGCCAUGUCGGUUUCGACAGCAUCACCUCGCAGAUCGAGAAGAAGCUGCUGAAGCGUGGCUUUCAAUUUAACGUCAUCUGCGUUGGCCAGACCGGCUUAGGAAAAUCGACCUUGAUCAACACCAUCUUCGCCUCUCACCUCAUUGACUCCAAGGGACGUCUAGCACCUGACGAGCCUGUCCGCUCAACCACGGAGAUUCAGACUGUGUCACACAUCAUCGAGGAAAAUGGUGUACGCCUGAGAUUGAACAUUGUUGAUACCCCUGGAUACGGAGACCAAGUCAACAAUGACAGAUGCUGGGACCCCAUCGUCAAGUACAUCAAAGACCAGCACUCCGCCUACCUGCGCAAGGAGCUUACUGCUCAGCGUGAACGAUAUAUCCAGGACACCAGAAUCCACUGCUGUCUCUUCUUCAUCCAGCCAUCUGGACAUGCGCUAAAACCAAUUGAUAUCGUCGUUCUCAAGAAACUGUCUGAUGUUGUCAACGUUGUGCCUGUUAUUGCCAAGUCCGACUCCCUCACCCUGGAGGAGCGUCUCGCUUUCAAGGAAAGAAUCAAGGAGGAAUUUACCUUCCACAACCUUAAGAUGUAUCCUUAUGACAACGAUGAGCUCGAUGACGAAGAACGUGCUGUAAAUGCGCAGAUCAAGGACAUCAUUCCAUUUGCUGUUGUUGGCAGUGAGAAGUCCAUUAUCGUCGACGGAAAGCAGGUCCGCGGCCGUCAGAACCGCUGGGGUGUGAUAAACGUUGAAAACGAGAACCACUGCGAAUUCGUCUACCUCCGCAACUUCCUCACCCGCACCCACCUCCAAGACUUGAUCGAAACUACCAGCCAGAUACACUAUGAGACUUUCCGCGCUAAGCAGCUUCUUGCUCUGAAGGAGAGCAGUGCAACCGGCCACUCUGGAAGUCGACCAAUUAGCCCUGCUGCCGACCGGGAACUGAGCCGCAACUCCCAAAGAGUUACCAUGAAUGGCAACUAA